AUGUCGGACUGCGACGUACCUGCAAAUGUCGUGAAGAUUGCAGGGCCGAUUCUACUGGGCUCUCAGUUGAACUGGGGCCUGUUCGGCGUCCUUACUGUCCAAAUGUUGCGGUUCUGUGGGGCUCAUGGGCCUCGAUCGGAAGACCUCUACACGGAGGCGGGUUACAAGGAUCACAUCUUCGUGAAGUACAUCGUGUACUGGAUGUUCCUCUUCGAGGCCGUUCAAACCAUCCUUUUGACCCACGACACGUUCCACCAACUGGCCUACAGCUUCGGCGACUUCAAGGGUUUGACCGCUUCGUACCUGAUCGGAUUCGAACUGGUCAUUCAGUCUGCUCUCAUCGCUAGCGUGACUCAAUGUUUCUACGCAUGGCGUAUAUACAUCCUCAGUAACUCCAAGAUCCUUACGGGGCUCAUCGUCUGUGUUUCGUUGUUACAAUGCGCUGGAGGUAUCUCGGAGGGAAUUGCGUGCUUCGUCUAUGAUACGACAUCCGUUGCGAUUUGGAUUGGAGGUAGCGCGGCGUGUGAUAUCAUCAUCACCAUCUCCAUGGUAUACUUCCUAUGGACAAAGCGUAGCGGUAUUCAGAAGACGGACAGCAUGGUCAACAAGCUGAUCCAGCUUGUUGUCGAAACCGGCCUCUUGACAGCUACCAUGGCGAUCGUCCAAGUGUCUCUGUACAACAUAUUCAAGGACACCGAGUACUUCAUGACGCCCGCCGGCACCCUCUCCAAGGCAUACAGCAACUCCCUGCUCGUGCUCCUCAACAACCGCAACCAGAUGCGGCAGACGCGGGACAUGACCGUCGGCGCUACCAGCUUGGCCCUGCCGCAGCUGCAGACGGGGCGCGCGAUCCAGAUCAAUGUCAACCAGGAGACGUUCGCCGAUGGGAACAACGUGAUGGCCGACAUGGCCUCAGACAAAGUGCGCUCGACCCCUAAAGCGCUGCUGUCCACUCAUCCAUCUCGCGCGCAGAGUCAGUACGUGGAGUAUCCCAAGAUCUCGGAGCCCACCUAG